AUGGGAGGAACAUGGUACACCGUGAAAACUUACUUCCGCGACCACGACCCGCGCCCUUCCAAGCCCAACCCAUACAGCAGUUUCACGUACCGCUACCAUCACGCGUAUCGGUAUGCGCCUGCUGCACCUGCGCCUGCGCCUGCCCCCGCACCCGCAGACGCACCGGAGAUAGCAUCUGAACAGAUCCCCACCGCCGAGGACGACAGCGAUUACGAUGAAGAAAGGGACGCAGAUUUCCUAGCGGAGGCACGACGGGCGGCGGGUAGGGAUCCCGUUACGGGGCGGAGACUGGAUCCGGGUGUGCAAGCUGCUGAUGGGAGUGAGCGAGGGCGGAAAGGCGGGUUGUUGGGGAAGUUGAGGCGGAAGAAGAGUGCUGCUGUUGGAAGGGGGGAAGGCGGAGACAUGGCUUCCUCGCAAGAUGUGUCGAUGUCCCUAUCCGGUCCAGUGCAGCCGCAACAACAGCAGGAGCGAAGCCAAGGCGGUGCAGCGGCGCAGUCGAGUCGAGGUGCGCAGAAGUAUCAAACCGCUCCACCUGUUAGACCUCAGACUCAGACUCAGACUCAAAUUCAAACUCCUCCUCAACCGGAUUUGGAAGGGUAUUAUGCACCGCCGCCGAGGCAGGCGAGGGAGUACUAUGCGCCUGGAGUUUAG